UGCUGCCUAUACUUCAAGAAUUCCAUUCAAGUCUAGUACUCUAGAAGGAAAACAGUGAAGUAGCGAAGAGAAUUUCACAAAAGAUCUAUUUGUUCUCGUUGUGCAGGGAUGGCGUCCCCUGAAGCUGUGUCUCCAGUGGAUGAAGGAGGGGGCGGAUCUUCCCCGCCCACCAAUACAGUUUUCUGCUUGUACUGCAGGGCAACUAUAUACUUCCCUGGGCUGCCUGCUAACAGGUACAUGAACCAUCUGUUUACUGAGCACAACAUCAUGUACGAGGUUCAGAGUGUUAUCAACAGAACACUUGCUCUCCAGCUACCUAAGGAGUAUCCUGAAUUGGCUGAAGGCUCAAUGAGCCUUCCUGAUUCAUCAAACCGUCUCAGCUCACCUGUCCCAAGCUCAGUUGGAGGUGCCAGUCCUGCUCCAGCCUCACAAACAGUCUUUUAUGCAGAGAAAUGUAUUCAGACUGAUUUUGUUAAGAUCUGUACUUCAGAAUGCCAGACUGAUUCUGAGUUGGAUUUAAAGAGUAUACUGGUUCAGGUUCAUACAAAUGAGGAGGGGAAUGUGCAGAAGGUGCAGAAGGUGGAGAAGGUGGAGAAGGUGGAGAACGGGGAGAAGGUGGAGAAGGGGGUGGGAAAGGAAGAGGUAGGAAGAGAAGGAAAGAGAACUGAAAAGGAGAAGGUGAAAGAAGAGGUGAAGAGAAUGAUUGACGAGGCGGGCAAAAAUAGGAAAUUUGGAGUUACUUGUCAGAUUUGCAAGGUUCGGUAUAAAAAGCUGCACAAAUUGAAGUUCCAUAUAAUGAAGCAGCAUGCUAAACAGAUCAGUGAAAAUCUUCACUCGAAGAUGAUUGGAGAAGUAAGGACGGAGAAGGAAUCUCAGCCAGGACGGAAAAGUUCCAGGAUAGAGUUGAAGAAGGAUGAGGAGAGAGGAGAACCAAAACCUGACAUGAAAUCAGAUAAUAAUCAAGAAAUCCCAACCAGUUUAAUUCUUCCCAAGGACGAAGAGUGGAGUGAAGGGUGUAGAUAUUUCUGUAUGCUCUGCUCAAACUCAUUUAGUUCAUUUGGAGUUUAUAAACACCAUAUAGGAAACUUCCAUGGGAUGUUGAUUGAAGAAUAUCGAGCUAAGUUUGGUAAACAUGGUGAAGUGAUCAGUAAACUCAACUGUAAGAUCUGUCAGCAGACCAUUGUGCACAAGAAUAGUGCCAUCAAGGCGCACAUGAAGAGUGCGCACAACAUGAGUAUCUCGGAAUACAGGGAUAACUACAUCCUUAAUCAGAAUAUAGAGGACGAGAUCGAGGACAGGGACAUGGAGGUAGAGGACGCAGAGAUAGCAGAGGACGCUGAGAUAGCAGAGGACGCUGAGAUGGCAGAGGACGCUGAGUUGACAGAGGCCGCACAGUUAAAGGAUGUAAGAAAAGAUUACGAGGCUGAGGACGAAGACGAAGAAGAGGAGGAGGAGGAGGUUAUGAUGAAAGCUGGUGAUUCGGAUGAGAUUGAAAUAGAUGAGGGGGAGAUGAUGUCCAAUGGGGAUGGUGAGAGGAGGAGAUGGUAUGAAGGAUGCUCUUAUGUCUGUAUACCUUGCAACAAGAAUUACGACAUUUAUUUCUCGUACCACGGUCACGUGAAGAAGAUCCAUAACCUGAGUAUGGAACAGUAUCAUGCAGAAUACGGGCAGGAGGGGGAGACCAAUAGAUAUUAUUCUUGUAAAAUUUGCAAUACUAAUGUGGUUUGGAGAAUGUUUAACAUCAGAAAGCAUCUUGAAUCCCAGCACAAUUUAAGUAUGGAGGAUUACAGUGCAAAGUAUGAACCAGAUUCUAGAAGUAAAACACAGGAUUUCAGCAAAGCCAAGUCUGCAGGCAAUAAUCUGAGUAUUGUUCAGAAAACUGAAAACAAAAUUUUGGAUGAUGAAGAGGUGUGGUACGAAGGUUGCUUGUAUACUUGUCAGAUGUUAGGGUGCAACAAGAUGUUCAAUCUAUCAGAAUCCUACCAUAAACAUAUAACUUCAUUUCAUCAAAUAGAUCUGCAGACGUAUCAUAAGAAGUUUGGAACCAAGGGUGAGGUGUACAAGCAGUACGAGUGCCUGAUCUGCAAUGCCAGGAUUGCGCACAAGUACAACAAUAUUGCUAGCCAUAUCACCCUCAUACACGACCUGUCCAUGUCAGAGUAUGAGCAGGAUUAUAUCCCGUAUGAAGACACGAUUGCCACUGGUGAGAUGGAUAUUAUAGAGGAUCAAGAUCAGGAAUCAGAACUAAUUAUUGAAAGUGAGGAAGGGGAGGAUGGCAAUGAGGGGGAGGAGGGGAAUGAGGAAGAAAGAUAUGAGUUUACUGAGGAAGAUAUUAUUAUCGAGGAAACCCCUCCAGAAGUAAAGGAGCCGAUAACCGACGGUGCAUCUGAGCAUGCUUGGUAUCAUGGCAGCGAUCUUACCUGUCAAAUUUGCUUCAAGAAUUUUGCCAAUGAUCAAUGGUAUUUUCACCAUUUCAGCAAAAUCCACGGUAUAACAAAGGAGCAGUAUAAUGAAAAAUAUGGAAAAGAUGCUGAGAUUUAUCACCAGUACCAAUGCCUCAUAUGCAACAGUAAAAUUAGAUGGAAGUAUUCAAGCAUAAGGCAGCAUUUAAAACAAGUUCAUGGAACAAAUAUUCAGGAUUAUGAAGUUAAGUAUAUGGAUUCUGAACCUGAACUUCUAACUAUAGAUCCUCUAUCUGCUCUUCGUGAGCAGGCCAGGAACCCUUGUCAUGAUGUAUCUUCUAUAAAACCAGUUCCCAGCUCUCUGCCCCCUCCGCCUCCUCUUAAGGCCAGCCCUGCUGCUCUACUCGCUGGCAGGGUCAGCUCGACUCAGGGAGCAAUGUUUUCACCUCCAACACUUAGUAAAGCUGGAUCCUUGACUUUUGAGAGCCGACCUGAAACCCAGUGGUACCAUGGAAGCGAUCUCACUUGCUUAAUUUGCAAUAAGUCCUUUGUAGACUUUACAUACUAUUGUACCCAUAUCAGGACUGUACAUCAAAUCUCGAAGGAGCGGUACAAUGACAAGUACGGUACAGGAGCUGAAGCAUUUCGUCUGUACAGAUGCCUCGUCUGUCAUAUUAGUAUCAAAUGGACUUAUCAAUCAAUCUGCGGACACCUGAAAUCUCACGAGAUCAGUAUUAAGGACUAUGAGUUAAAGUACCCUGUACUGGAGAACCAGAGUACAGAGUCCGGAAAAAUCUCCGACCUAACGAUGAAUGUGAGGGUAGGGGGGGGAGAGGGGGAAGGAUCUCCGAAGAAAAUGAAACUAGAAGAUGUCCCACCAGUUCUGCCAACUCUAUCUGAUAUGAUGGGUUCUCCUCGGCAGUUUGAUUUGAAUUCUAUGCUGGUUCCUAAUCCUCAGAAACCUAAACCCAGUCGGAUAUCAGCAGAUAUAUCCUCUCCUACAGUUAAAUGGUACAACCAGUGCAAAUUCACCUGCAAAGCCUGUCCUGAGGAGAAAUACUUCACUGUGCCCCAGGCUUUGCGAAUGCACUUAAAUGGAAUCCAUAGUUUAACAAGGAAAGAAUAUGAAUCCAGGUACGGAAACGCUGAGACGGUUACUAAGUACUGGACUUGUCUGAUGUGUAAUAAAGAACUGAAAUGUCAGAAGGGAAUCAUUAUUCAGCAUCUUCUUAACGUGCAUACCUUGGAAUUGGUUGACUAUGAAAGGCAGUAUAUGGAUGCAGGAGAUCAAGUUGUGGCGAGGGAGAAUAGGAAACCCCGAAAGAACGCCAGGGUUCCUCUUCCCUCCCCCCUAGUAGCCAGCCAACUUCAGGCUGAAGCCUCACAAUCUUUCGUAGAGGCAUCAGAUCUUUCUUCAUUUCUGGUUCAGAGAAUGCAGGAGGGGCCUGACAAUGUGACCCUUGAGGGUCCUGUAAUAACUGGAGAGGUUGGCGAGGCCCCUGAUGAUGCAAUUGUUCCCUAUAACCCUCAGCACUCUAACCUAGAUGAUUCGGUUACAAGCAUGAGUUCCUUAGAGGUUGAAGGGAUGGAUUAUGUUCCUUGGUACUUUGGAUGCCGUUACAGUUGUCAGAUUUGUAAUAAGAACUGGCAUUAUCCACAAGCAUGUCGUUACCAUCUGGAUUCUGUUCAUAAAUUAUCAAGAGCACAAUAUGAGACUGAGUAUGGAAGCUGUGAGAUAGAGACGAGAAUAUUUAACUGUUCACUCUGUACCAGAACCAUGAAAUGUGAACGGGAUAUUAUCAAAUAUCAUUUAGAGGCGAAGCACAGCAUGUCUCUGGAAGAAUAUGAAGAACAGGUUCCUAAUCCUGUAGUUACUAUUGGAGAAAGUAGAAGAUCUAAUUCAGCCAGUCAUAGUCGUACAUCUAGCCUUACAGGUACUCAAUUUAUCCCGAUAAGUGAGGGUAGUCCAGCUAAACCUGGAGCAGAUGGGAGCUCUGAUCCUAGGAUCCCUUGGUAUAGAGGAUCAAACUUUACAUGUAUACCUUGUAAUAGACAGUUUACUGCUCAGGUGAGCUACAUCAGCCAUAUCAACAGCAAGCAUGGGAUGAACCUUAGAGAGUAUAGAGAACAGUUCGGUAGCCAGGAGGAGAUUAAACAGUACAACUGCAGGGUACCCGGCUGUACAAGGUUUGUGUCCUGGACAUAUUCUGGAAUAAAUGACCAUCUGAAAUCUCACAGUUUGACUAUGGGGGAGUAUGAGCAACAAUAUCUCAAUCAGCUAGAACAUUUGCCCAAGGAUGAAAUUAAUGCGGAACCUGUGGAAUCUCUUGAAAAGAUGGUUGAUAUGUGGAGUGUUGGGGAGAGUAGGAUUUGUGCUGUGUGCGAGACAACAAUAUUUGGAGAUGUUGGAAAGUUUAACACUCAUAUCACCGAGUCCCACGCUAUCUCCCUGGACCAGUACACAACACUACAUGGGAGCAGCGAGAAGAAGAAGAAGCACUGCUGCCUUGUCUGUGGGGAGGAUGUAGAACUGCUACCUGGGAUAUUAGCUGCUCAUCUCCAAACACACAGCUUAUUUCCUCAACAAUAUUAUCAUAAAUAUAUUUUGAACAAACCCAAGAAGGGUUUAUCUGAGAAAGCUGAGUCUCCAAGCAGCAGCAGCAGCAGCAACGAUAAAUCCCCGAAAAUUUCUGGAAGUCUACCUAAACCCCCCAGCCUGCAGAUAAAACCAACCAGUUUGCUGCUCAAACAAGUUGAUACCAAAUCCGAACCUUUAGAUGUCUCAAAACCAGUUCUUGAUCCUUCAAAUCCAGUUUCUGAUCCUUCAAAUCCAGUUUCUGAUCCUUCAAAACAAGUUUCUGAUCCUUCAAAACAAGUUUCUGAUCCUUCAAAGCAAGUUUCUGAUCCGCCAAAACAAGUUUCUGAUCCUUCAAAACAAGUUCCUGAUACUCGAAAACCCUUGGUUUUCAAGGUCCGUAAGAACCAUUGGGCUAACGGGUGUACCUACCGUUGUGUAAUGUGUCCAGAAAUUACAUUCCCCGAGGAGUUCGUGUUUAAAAAGCACAUUCAGCUAGCGCACAAUAUGGCCGCCGACAAAUAUUCUAAUAAUUUUGGAAGUGCUGCUGUAUCCCUUCAGCUUCAUACUUGCCAGGUGUGUAAGAAGAAUGUAAAGCAUGAGUACACUGCUAUACUAAACCAUCUCAGGGUUAAACAUAUGAUGACGUUAACUACUUACACUCAGAUGUACAUUAAACCAUCUCAGGACAGUACAGAUCUGACUCCGAGUCCAGUAUUAUCUCAUGCCAGAAUGGAGACGGAUGGAGGAGAGGAACUAGAUGACGACGGAGAGUUUUAUACUGUGUAUACAUAACCUUCCUUAUUCCCCCCCCCCCUCAUUUUCCUUCUAAAUAACCUUCCCUCUUCCUUCCUCCCACAUAACCUCCCCUCUCCCAUUUCUUUCCCUCGAACAUGCCAUUUCCUUCGUUCUUCAUAUAAGAUAAGAUAAGGGUUGGAUCAAAAAAAAAACCUUCUUGGAGAGCCUAGACCCAAGAGCUCCGGCACCCCUCGGCUCCCAAAAACUUUAUAUUGGUUUUCUUUAUCUUUAUUCUUUAACUCAUCAAAUUUAGUGGAAAUCUCAUUAAUAAAGAAAAAUAAUGAAAAUGUAUUUUGAAGAUAUAAAUAUCAAUAUUGUUAAAUGUUUUUGUAAAAUACCCGCAUUUAUUUUAUAUUUUUCUCUAUGUUGCGUGGGGGAGGGGAUAACAUGAUAUUAAUAGAUAGGCAGACAAUAUUUACCUGCAAUUCUAACAGCCCCCUUACCCCCCCUCCUCUACGUCCCUAACAUUAACCUAAACAACAAAAAAAUUGUAUAAUUUUUGUCCAGGCAAAUUUACAAACUAAUGCUGAAAAUUUUUCAUAUUAAAAUUAAAUUGUAAAUUUUGUAAUUAAAUCUAGAUAUGCAUUUUUGUCAAGAAUCUAUUAAAUUCAUAAAAGUUACGACAUAAAAAAUGUUGCAAAUAAAUUUUGAAUUUAUA